GCAAUCAGAAACAGCCUGGUGAGAGCAGCAUGUCGUGGUUCAGCUGGAACGAGCCAUACUAUCGGAGCGGGAGACGUGAGCCGUCUGAAGUGGUCUCAGAGACGCUGAUGCUGGAGCUGAGCUGGCAGAUGAAGGAGGCUGAGAGGCUUCAGCGGGAGCGAGACAAUGAGUACCGGAGGCUGAAGAGCGGCGUGGACUACAGCUGGCUCAUGAACACCCCGCGCAGCUCCUACGACAUCAGCCCAGGAGAGAGACUCGGCCUGGAGGACCUGUGCUGCAAAGUGCCUCCAUCAUACUGCGGAUCCAUCAUACAGAGGUUUCGUCAGGUGCUGAUGGAGAAUGAACCGGAGGUGCAGGAGGUUUCCGGACUCUUCCGUUCUGUGCUUGUGGAAAGUCUUGAGCGUGUUCACGAGGAGCAGGAGGCUCAGCGUUUGACCCAGCAGUGGAGCAACAGACGCUCCAUAAGCUUAUCGCUGAUGAGUUUCAGGUCAAGAGUGCGGAUCAACCCUUUCGGCAGCACAUUGGGACUGAAAUCAAACAGCUACGGCUCGGAAGAAGACGGUGUAGAUGUUAAGACUGUGUGUGAGGAUGUGGAGAAGGGUCAGACAGCAGAGAAAGUACAGCGUGUGUGGAGCAUGCCGGAGUUUAGACACAAGGGAAUCAACGGAAAAGCUUGAGUGUCUUUGAGUAUGUGGGAUUCAUCAAGAUCUGAUCUGGUUAGCGGCUGUCUGAUAUUGUCAGCAUCGUUUUUUAGUCUAUUUAUAUUUUGAAGUGUGUGGAGGUAUGCUCAUGUUGGGAAAUAAAUGAAGCUCUAUAAGCAAAAACAUCGCAAU